GAAAGCGAGACAGCAUGAGACAGCGAGAGGGCAAAAAACAAUAACAAACCCAGUUUUUAUACUUUUUCUCAUUGUGCCAUAGUACAAAAUAUAUGCUACGUGAAUUUAUCCGGUGGAAUAUAUGAGCAGGAAAAGUACAAAAAAAUGGAUAGGUUUUCGUUUUUCCGCGGCCGAAAGACGUAAACAUAUAUAUACAUAUAGUACAGUGGAAGUGGCUGUCAGAAUCGGACUCAACUCAAGCUCUGUGGCUGGAGUUUCUGGAUCUCGGCGAUGUCGGAUUUCCAUAGUUUUUCUAUGACCUCUUCUUUAUUUAUUAUAGUUAAAAUACGUAAAUAGUGCUCUUUUCAAUUAACAUAAUAUGAAAAUCUUAUAUAAAUAUUCAUUGCGUAAUAUUUCGCUUUUUUAGGUUAGGGCAGCAAUUUAAAAACACGUGCGAUGUUUCUUGUAAGAAAAUAAAUACAAAAAUCCCUAAUUAAUGUUAUUUGUGCAAAGUUUUGUGUUUAAUUUUGUAAGAGUUUAGUGAGUUAGUGAGGUUUGUUUAUAAACAAGAAUGAAGAAUUCAAAGAAGAAGCUAACCUCCAACGAGGAUCCCGAAGAGCCAGAAAUUCCUCCUAAAAAGCAAAAAGGCCUCGAAAAUUGUAUGACUAAACUUAGUAUCAGAGAAGAAAAUAAAAAAAGAAAGAAAAGCGAAAGUAAAUCUACUGAAAGUUCCCGCAUUUGUGAGAAAAAGAAAAAGAUUUAUGAGAAUUCGUGUUCCAAUGAUGAAGACUCCGAAAAUGAGACAGAAAGAACCAACAAAAUUACGCCGAAGGAUGAAAAAAUGGAAAAAUCGUCUAAAGUAGAAAAAAUUCAACUAACAGGAAAAGCGCUACGAGAUCUUUUUCAAUUCGAGCACGCUUUUGACGCAGUCAGAAAAUUCGUGACGGUUUGCAACGAAAAUAAAAAGCAAGAUUUGGCUGCUGAAUAUCUCGAAGCUGGUGGAAAUGUUCUUGAAGUUUUAAAAACAUUUGACACGACUGAUAAAAAGAAUAUUAAUAAUAUCACGACUUUAUUCUCUGCGAUUCAUAUUCUUAUUAUGAAAAUCUUGGGAUUGUAUCCAGAGGAAACAGAACAAUAUUCAAAUACAGAAGAAUCAUGUAGACGUUUAAUAAAUACCCAUAUGUCUUCAAUACAGUCAAUGCUCUCAAAUCAGAGCAAUGCAAAGCAGAGAAAAGUUGUUUUAAAAAUGCUCACAACAAUGGUAACGAUUGGCGGAACUCUUCCUCGCGAUAUUCUUAACAAUCUCUCUUUAAAUUCUCAAAUUUUGGAAGCAGUCGUUCGCCUUACAAAACCUAGUGAUCCCAACAACGUGAGGACUUCUUUUAUCCACUUCACCCUUGCUUUCUUGGUCGAUGGUCGUAAUAACGUCAUCAGAUCUCUUUUAGAAAAACGAGAUGUGCUCGCGUGUAUCUUUCCUGAUUUAAUCUACGAUUCGCAUGAAACUGUUCACCUAAUUUUGACAACCGUGAAAAAAUGCGUUCUAGAAAAUUCCGCAGUUAGUAAAACGACGAAACUUCACAUUUUUUCGACCUCGGUGGUUCAGAAUCUUGUGAAUUUGUAUAACUGGAAGGGUCCGCGAAAUUGGCCGGGAUUGAAGAAGGAAAAGGAAAAAAAGGAUGAAAAGGUCGAUCCUGAAGAAAAGGAGAUUGCAGUUGAGGCUGUCCAUGAAUUUCUGAUAACGCUCCUGGCUUCGAAAAAAUAUGGUAUUAUUUUUCAAGAUCGUAGUUUGGGAAUCGGUGAGGGCAGAAAAAAUAAUCAGCUCGUGAAUACAGUUUUGAAAAGCCUCGAAAGUCCGUGGGAACAUGAAAAACCAAAGGAUUUAGUUGUUCAAAUUUUGAGGGCUUGUCCGGAUUUAAUCAAGUCGCAAAUAAAUCUUACGGAACCGCUUUUGGCCCCGAAAGUUUCGAUAAAGUGGAUUAAACUGAUCAGGUUUUUAAAUCAGAUUAUCGAAUCCUUAGAUAUUGAGCGAUUUUUUCAUGAUUCUCAAAAUGUAUUAGGUACACAGGUAGAGCAGUUUGCAAAUAUUCUGAUAAAUCUAACACUUCCCACUCUCGUUUUGAGAAAAGCAGUCGCACCAGGUUUGCUCCAAAGUAACUUGGCAGUACGGCACGAAAGCGUUUUGCUUUUCACGACAAUGUUAACUCAAGCGAAAAAGUUGAUCAUCCUAGCUGAGAAUUCUUUCGACUAUACCAAGUUUAGGGCAUUCAAUAAUUAUUUGAUAGAAUACAUGUCUGAUAAUGCUCCAGUUUUUGAAAGAUGCCUGCGAACUUGGAAAAACGCUUUAGAACCGAAAGAAUUCGAAAUGGAUGAAGUAGAAAUUCCACGAAUGGAGGAGGUUUUAUUUUCGAUCCUGAAUUUGCUAAAAGCCUACAACCAAUCUUUCCCAGCUUUAGUUUAUGUAAAUGUGGAAGCUGAUGUAAAUCUGACGAUGUUAUUAAGCGGAUUAUCUCAAAAUUUGGAUAUUCAAGAAAAUUCCCAGUGCGAAUUGAAUGUGAUCGCUAUUGAUUUUAUUCUCAGUGUGAAUCCUUUCAUCUUUACUCCAGCUCAAGAACUUUAUGGAAAGGCCCUUUUAUUUUUACUAAUAGCCCUCGACGAAAAUUGUCCUCUACUCGAUAAUAUAAAAAGUUCGAUUACAAAAUUAUUAGAGGUGCCUCGAGCAUUUUACGAAUGCGAGGACCAAAUAGAAAUUUGGUUUAAUGCUUUUCUCGCUUUAAAAGAUUUUGAAGAAAGGCUAGAACUUGCCCUGUGGUUUGUAAAAAUGGUUGAAAAGGUGUUCAAACACGUGGAUAAAUAUCACUUGGCAAUCAAAAUUGCCGAAGAAAGUUCGGGUAUUGAAAUCGAUAAAUACAUGAGCUUUUUCGAAGAACUCAAAACGAACGGAGCGUAUUAUAUCAAAACUCACGAGAGACUUCAGUACGUGACAUCCUUGCCCAUUAUUUUAUGUUCAGCACUAGAUUCCUUGAAGAAAAAAGCAACGGAAAACCAGAUUCGUUUCAUGAACGAAAUCCUGAUGCACACUUUGUAUUAUCAAGUGAAACCAGAACCUUUGAUUCACUUAACGAAGGACAUAAAGGAACUGAGGUUAGAAGAGUACAUGUGAAUUCGAUUUUUAAGUCUAAUAUUAAAAUACUUUAAUGAUUAUAGUUAGAUAAUAAUUUUUGUAACAAAGGUAAUAGUUUUUAAUACAUUUUGUAAUACUUCCAAA